AUGCCACAGCAAUCCUAUCCUUACCCUAGAACUCUUUACGACAAGAUUUUCGAUGCCCACACAGUUCAUAAAGAUCCUGAAACUGGUUCAUGUUUAUUGUACAUUGAUAGACAUUUAGUUCAUGAAGUUACCUCUCCGCAAGCUUUUGAAGGUUUAAAGAAUGCCCACAGAAAGGUGCGUAGAACUGAUUGUACAUUAGCUACGGUUGAUCAUAACAUCCCAACUAUCUCCCGUGCUAAUUUUAAAUCAACCUCGACCUUUAUCAAACAGCAAGAUUCUCGUCUGCAAGUUCAAACUUUAGAACAAAAUGUUCGUGAUUUCAAUAUCGCAUUUUUUGGUAUGUCAUCUGAAAAUCAAGGUAUUGUUCAUAUCAUUGGUCCUGAACAAGGUUUUACUUUGCCAGGCACGACUGUAGUGUGUGGUGAUUCACACACCUCUACACAUGGUGCAUUUGGUUCAUUAGCUUUUGGUAUUGGUACUUCUGAAGUUGAACAUGUUUUAGCCACACAAUGUAUCAUUCAAAGUAAAUCCAAAAAUAUGAAAGUUCAAGUCAAUGGAAAAUUAAAUCAUGGUAUCACUUCUAAAGAUUUGAUGUUACAUAUAAUUGCUACUAUUGGUACCGCUGGUGGUACUGGUUGUGUUAUUGAAUUUGCUGGGGAAGCCAUUGAAGAAUUAUCAAUGGAAGCUAGAAUGAGUAUGUGUAACAUGUCAAUUGAAGCUGGUGCCAGAGCAGGGUUAAUCAAGCCUGAUGAAACUACAUUCGAAUAUGUUAAAGGCAGACCAUUGGCACCCAAAGGUGAUGAAUGGGAAAAGGCCCUUAAAUAUUGGAAAACUUUAUACUCCGAUGAUGAUGCACACUUUGAUGAAACUGUUAUUAUUGAAGCUAAGGAUGUUGCGCCAACUAUUACCUGGGGUACUUCGCCACAAGACGCAUUAUCAAUUACAAGUAAAGUUCCAGAUCCAGCAACUUUUACUGAUCCGAUUAGAAAAGCUGCUAUUGAACGUUCAUUGGAAUAUAUCGGCUUGGAACCAAAUACUCCAUUGGAAGGCAUUAAGAUUGAUAAAGUGUUUAUUGGUUCUUGUACCAAUGCACGUAUUGAAGAUUUAAGAAAUGCAGCAAAAGUUAUCAAAGGAUACAAGAUAGCUUCGAAUAUUAAGAGAGCUAUGGUUGUACCUGGUUCCGGUUUAGUCAAAAAGCAAGCUGAAAGUGAAGGUUUAGAUAAAAUUUUUAUUGAAGCUGGUUUUGAAUGGAGAGAAGCUGGUUGUUCCAUGUGUUUAGGUAUGAACCCUGAUAUCUUAGAUCCAUAUGAACGUUGUGCAUCUACAUCUAAUAGAAAUUUUGAAGGUAGGCAAGGUGCAUUAUCAAGAACACAUUUAAUGUCUCCAGCUAUGGCAGCAGCAGCCUCUGUUAAAGGUUAUUUCACCGAUAUUAGAAAGUGGGAAUAUAUGGAUGGUGACUCAUCUAAAGUUGCUAUUAGUGUUUCCACUGAGAAUGAUAAAGCUCUGCAAGAAGCAGUAUAUAAUCAAGAAAAGGAGCCAUUGCAACCAGAUCAAGUGGCAGAAGACAAAACCAAAGAAGCUAUUGACGAUAUCCCUGUUUCGGAAACCACUAAAUCCAAUUCAGCUCCAAGCUCAAGUUCUGGGAUGAGACCAUUUUUAACUUUGAAAGGUUUAGCUGCGCCAUUACCAAGAACUAAUGUCGAUACUGAUGCUAUUAUUCCAAAGCAAUUUUUGAAAACAAUUAAAAGAACAGGUUUAAAAACUGGUCUUUUCUAUGAGUGGCGUUAUACUAAAGAUCCAAAGACUGGUAAAGAUGUUCCCACUGACUUCGUUCUAAAUGUAGAACCAUACACCAAAUCAAAGAUUCUCGUGGUCAGCGGUGCUAACUUCGGUUGUGGUUCUUCAAGAGAACAUGCACCUUGGGCUUUAAAAGAUUUCGGUAUUGAGAGUAUAAUUGCCCCAUCAUUCGGUGAUAUCUUUUACAACAAUUCUUUCAAAAAUGGGUUGUUGCCAAUAAGAAUUGAACAAUCAAUCAUACGAGACAAGCUCUUCCCUCUAGCAGAAAAAGGUGAGCAAUUAGAAAUCGAUUUGCCUAACCAAACCAUUAAAGAUUCUCAUGGAAAUAUCAUUAUUGAACAUUUCGAUGUGGAGCCUUUCAGAAAGCAUUGUUUAGUUAACGGGUUGGACGAUAUUGGUAUCACUAUGCAAAAGGAAGAAUUGAUCACUCAAUAUGAAACAUUAAGAAAAAGAAAAUUCUCAUUCUUGGAAUGUAGUUCCAAGUUGAUAAAGCCUGUAAAGGGUACCAAGGUCAGUCCAUACGGUGUGAUUGCUCAAGAGUGGUAA